AUGUCAGGCAUCAUCAACAAAGUCAAGGACACCAUUGCCCAUCAUAAGGAGCAGAAGGCAGAGGAAAAGGCAGAGAAGGCCACUGGUAACACCUAUGACUCUCCUGAGUCUUCCAACUAUGGCCCUCAUGGCAGCAACGUUGCCAACCAAGCCGAUCCCCGCUUUGAUAGCGACCGGUCUAACUUGACCGGCUCAACUACCGAUAACUACGGUCCUCAUGAUACCAAUAUUGCAAACAAGGCCGAUCCUCGUGUCGACAGCGAUCUUGACUCUCAUGCUAUGCGAAACACCUCCCAUGUUGCUCCAACUGCCACUGGUGGUGUCGGAUCCACCUACGAUUCCGCCAGAUCAUCCAACUAUGGUCCCCACGACAGCAACAUUGCAAAUCAGGCGGACCCUCGGGUUGAUAGCAGUCUGGAAGACCACCACGCUAGACACAACACUUCUUCUGGUCAUGGCGCUGGAUAUGCUGGUAUUGGUGCUGGUGCUGGAUAUGCUGCCUCCCACCACCCAUCUACUCACACACCUUCCACUGGUCCUGCCACCUCUACCGCCGGUCCCCAUGACAGCAACCUAGAGAACAAGAUGGAUCCUCGUGUCGAUAGUGACUCUCCUAAUGCCCGUUACUCUUCCUCCACCGGGCCCGCAUCGUCGACAGCCGGACCCCAUAAGAGCAACGUUGCCAACGAAGCCGAUCCUCGUGUCGACAGCGACCGCAGCAAGGCAACCUUCACUGGUAACUCUGAGUUUGAUAAGGAUGUUCACAAGGGAAGCCUUGGUGGAGGCGGUGUGCUGCACCUUUCUGGUAACAAGGCCCCGACUACGACUCAGACCUUUGAGAAGUCGCAGAAUGAGGAUAUCGGAGGCAGAGCCGCUGCUGGUAGUAGCUACAGCUCUCACCACCACACUCCUCAGCACACUGUUGGCCCUCACGAUAGUGAUGUCGCCAACAAGCUUGACCCUCGUGUGGAUUCCGACCUUGACGGAUCGAAGACUAUUGGCUCCCAGCGCUUUUAA